AUGGGAGGCAAACCACGCAAUUUCGGAGUGAGGGAGCAUCGUCCCUCACCAUUGAAACAAGAGGUCUCGCAAAGACCCAUAUCGAUGCAAUCUAGUAGCAUGGGUUUGGUGAGAGAUCCAAUGUUCUGGAAAAGGUUCUCGACGGCGGUACAUAUGUCGGAGGUGGAUUUAAAGGAGUUGGAAAGUGGGUAUGCUAGUGAGAGUGUGGGGAGGAGGAAGGAUCCUUAUGGCGGAGGUGAAGAUUGGCUAGAUCAGCAGUAUAAGGAGAAACGUCGAUGUCGCUUCAUCUGUAUUGGAGUCACAUUCUUGGUGGCUAUUAUCGUGGCUGCUGCCGUGGUCGUGGUGCUGUAUUUCACCGGGAGAAUACACUUUUAG